AUGGCUGGGGGUUCUGCCAACGCCCCGGCUCGAUUUAGUUCUUCGCCGGAACUGUCUGAUCCCCCUUCUAUGUUAUCAGGACCUGGAUCAACAAACGGAGAAAACAGAGCAAAGAAUGGAGAACUAGAUGAAAUUGUGGUGGACCCUACUACUAUCAGAUAUGAUGGAUCGGGUCAGCCCAUGUUAACCAAAGAUGGAUUACCGAGGAGAAAGCCUGGCCCGAAACCCGGGACGAGGAUCAACAAGCGAAAUAGUACCAAUCCCGAAGAAGGGGAGAAGGUUAAGCGAAUACGGAAGCAAAAGGACCCUAACGCACCGACUGUUUCGAGAAGACGUAAGGGAGUAUCUCUCGAGGGCGAGGCGAGCGAACCAAGAUCUCGCGCUACUAGUGUCAGUGGUGGUGCAAAUACCGGAACUGCGGUAUCACGACAGACCAAGAUCACCGAGAUGGCCACGACUCAGACUCGGUUGGAACCGCUUCCUCAAAGGGAAGUAAAACGUGAUAGUAUGCCCGGAUCCAUGUCCAGCAUUCUGAAUAACGACCCCGAACCCCUACAAUUCCCUCGUCAAUCACAGCAAUCACCACAGCAGCAGCAUCAACAACUGACACGGCCCAGUGCUCCGUCACGGACGAGUGGUACUAACUACGACCCAAUUCGCUCAUCGAAUUAUGACCCCAUACGAGAGACUAUGGUCACACAUACCUAUUCCAACCCGAUGAGCGGAUCUCCUCGUGGACCUACCACCACAAAUGCCAUCAAUCGCGCAAGUGCAUCGCCUUCGAUCGCUAGUCUUGUUGACCCACCUGUACCGAAUAUUAUUUCGCCUGUUCCAUCUCAUACUUCUUUUGUUCAGAGCACACAAUCCCAACCGCCUUCUCAGUCUCAACCGCGCAUUCAUAAGGAAUCCAGCUCGAUGCCGGAGUCUCCUAGUCCUUUCCGCAAAGACUUUAUACCUCCGCCCGCACCAAAGCCGCCCACGACUGAGGCCAAGGAGGGUAAAGAGACCAAAGAGGCUAAGAAGCCUGCGUCAACCCUUGCACAUGCGAUUACCUCCAAAAUUGAGAUUCGUCCGACGUCUAUCACUACGAUUGGUGCGGCCGGUACGAAGAAGACGUCACCCAAAAACCACAGCACCACAUCGUCGUCACCUCGCAUCAAUGCCAUCAAGGAUACGCUCGCCCCCCCUCUCCCAAGCGGGCCUGAGCGUUCCAUCCUGGACUUUGGUAAAGCGGAACCCGGAUGUGAAUUUAAUGCUCCAUCGAUCAUCCUCAAUGUCCCUCUCAACGGGGAAACAAAUAAAUACAUCAACUUCAUGCGAAUGGCCGAGGAUCAGUAUGGUUGGGAAGCCCUUCAUCCGCGCCAGGCUGAACUUAAAGCGCGUAAGGCCCGCAUUGCCGCCGCAUCUGCCGCAUUGGCCCAGAAUGAUUCCAGUCGUGAGGGGGAUGAGAUGUCAGUUGACGAAUCAGAGAAUGAGGACUCGAAUGUCGAAAUGGGCGGCACGAGCGGACCGGACAAGGCCGCCGACGACAAGCCUGCAAAGAAGAAGAGGCAUUUCAAAGAAGACGAGUAUGAUAAGGAUGAUGAUUUUGUUGAUGAUUCGGAAAUGCUCUGGGAGGAGCAAGCGGCGGCCAGUCGGGACGGUUUCUUCGUCUACUCCGGUCCCUUAAUACCGGAGGUGGAGAAGCCUGAAUCUGGACGUGGCGAGGGUCAACCCAAGCGAGGACGUGGAUCACGAGGUGGUCGUGGCGGCACUCGUGCGACAACUACAACCACAGGACGAGGUCGCGGAGGAGGCCCCGGGUCCCGAGGAGGCGCAGUGAGAAAGCCACGAAUGACGAAGGCCGACAAAGCUCAGAUGGACCGCGAAAAGGCGGAACGUGAGGCGGCCUUUCUAAAAUCGACGAACGGCGGAUCAUAUAAUGUUCUGCACCCCGGCAGUCCCCAAUUUGCAGGCUUGUAA